CUCACAGGCAGUGAAGACAUUUGGGGUGACAGUCAGCCCUUAAAGCUCUGCAGUGACCACACCAGCACACAGGACCUGUUCCAGUGCAAGGCCAGUCUGUGCAGAGGGGUGCUCCUGCUGUGGGCUGCAGGGAGCCUUUCAUCCAGGCUCAGCAUUUCCUGUGCUGCCCGGGGACACAUUCAGAGCUCAACUCCAACACCAGAAGUCUCUUUUCUUUCAGAAGCUGAGCAUCCUGGUUAUGGAACCAGUUUGGGAUGGUCCUAGAGGGAACUGUCUCUGCUUAAGGGCUGGACCCUUCCCCAGGGAAGGGUGACUUCCAGGGAGACCACUGGUAUCUGCCUGAUCACAGUCACCCCUCUGCUUCCUGGAGCAGGACUAAUACUACCACUUGUCUAAUAGAGCUUGGAGAAGAUUAAUCAAGAAAAGGCAUGCAGAAGAUCCUGCCCAGACAGACUCACAGAUCAGAAUCUUCAUACACUGCGGACACUCCACUGCUCUGUGAUGUGACACAGCCCACCCACUCUCUUCACACCCCAUUACUUACAUCCACCACCUCUGAUAUGCCGUACAAUACGGGCUGGAGUGUCUUGCCUAAGGAGAUUGCCAUCAACAUGGAAAAGGCCUUGGGAGGAGGGAAUUUGCUGGAGGUGGUCUCUGUGGUUAAGGGGACCUUGAAGACAGCAUCCAAUGCCCCAGUGAGCAUUGCAGUGACUGGGGACUCCGGCAAUGGCAUGUCCUCCUUCAUCAAUGCGCUGAGGGGAAUCGGGCAUGAAGAGGAGGACUCAGCUCCCACUGGGGUGGUGAGGACCACCCAGAUUCCCACUCGCUACUUUUCCCCCCACUUUCCCAACGUUGUGCUGUGGGACCUACCUGGAACAGGGGCAGCUAUCCAAAGCCUGGAGAACUAUAUGGAAGAGAUGAAGUUUAGCCAGUAUGACCUCUUCAUCAUCAUUGCAUCUGAACAGUUCAGUAUGAAUCUUGUGAAGCUUGCUAAAACUAUCCAAGGCCGAGGAAAGAGGUUCUAUGUCGUCUGGACCAAGCUGGACAGGGACCUCAGCACAAGUGCCCACUUGGAGGAACGACUCCUGAAGAAUAUUCGGGAGAAUAUCCGGGAAACUCUCCAAAAGGAGGGAGUGUGUGAACCCAACAUAUUCCUGGUCUCCAGCCUUGAACCCUUAUUGCAUGACUUCCCAAAGCUUAGGGGCACCUUGCACAUCGACAUUUCUGACAUCAGGUACCAUGGUCCCCUAGAGAGUCUGUCCCACAUUUAUGAGAGGGCCAUUAAGGACAAAGUGACCACUUGCAGGGGGAAAAUAGCCUCAAAGUCUUUUGACACCCUUGGCAUCUGGAAUGCAGAUGAUCUGGAGGAGAGUCUGAUGGCCUACCGCUUGCUCUUUGGUGUGGAUGAUGAAUCUCUCCAGCAGAUGGCUCAGAGUAUGGGGAAACCCAUGGAGGAGUACAGAGCCAUUAUGAAGUCUCGGGAUCUAUACACUGUCCUCAGAGAGGACUGGCCAUUAUCUUGCUUGAAUUGUAAUGCAGUCUCUUGCUUAUAUUCAUUUCUGAGAUGCAUCCCACUGUUAGGUGACUUUAUUUUCAACUCCCUGAGGAAGUGGAAACAGAGACGCCUCCUUGAAAUAGUUGCCAAGGACACCAGGGCCAUCCUGAAGAAAAUCCUGACACAGUCCAUCAUCUGAGGAAGUGAUGUAUCAGCAGUCUCCUUCUGGAGGGAAAUCAGGACAUCUGGGGUCCUCUCCUCACACUGUCCCAUUUCUGAAUUCUCAAUCAAGUUCAAUUACUUCCACUUUUAUUGAUUCUAUGUUCCUGAGGUAUAUGAGAUGACUUGCUCAUUUUGAGUCCAUGUCAGGAAAUUCCCAAAUAUGUUCUACUUUUGUCAUUUAUUAAAUGAGCCUGUAUCCAAAGGUGGCAGAAAAGAUCUGUUUAGUGUGACAUACAAUCUCAUUCUGACAUCCCCUUAUCAUUUAACUAUCAAUCAUUUCUCCAACACCCGUGUUCUUUCACUUCUCAUCUCAUUCUGUGGACACACACAAUCUUGACCUGCCUGUAGGUCAGUGGUAGACACUCUAAGAUGGCCUCCAACAUUUUCUCCUAUUUUCAUGGCUAUGUUUAAACCCUUUCCCUAAGUGACUAAUGGAUUAUGGCAGCAAUAAUGAAAUGUCCAAAAAUUCCAGAACUUUGUUAUGAAAAGUGUAGCUCUGUCUUAUACACACUCGUUUCACUGGCUCUGUCUUGCUCCUGCUCCAGCUCUGUCUCCCUCUCUCUCUCUUUCUCCCUCUCCCUUUUCUUCUCUCUGCCUAGUAACCAUAGAAAUUUUAAACUAACCUGCUGUAGAGGCCCUGAAGAAUCAGAGGCCAUGGGGAUGAGAACCGAGGCUGCCUGCAUUAACUGCCAGCCAUGGAAGUAAGUAAUCUUGGGAGUAAAUCCUCCAGCCCCAGCAAGGCUUCAGAAGAUGCAGCCCAGCUGAUAGCUUGACUACCACCUCAGGAGAGACCCUUAUCCAGAACCACACAACUGAGUUUGUUCCUGGAUUUCUGACCCUCAGAAUCUAUAUGCAAAUAAACCUUUGUAUUAAGCCACGAAGUUUCAGGGUAAUUUGAUCCACACCAACAGGUAACAGAUAAUGCUAUCAAGAAGUUCCUUAGAGAACUGACAGUUGUGAGUGACCGCCUCCUUCUCUGACACUCACUCCUGCAAGAACCCAGCAUGAAGCAGCUACACCCUUUCCAAUUAUAGCCCUUUCUUCCUUAUCCCUGGACAUGUUCUCUCAUGCUUUCUAUUGAAGGACUAGCCACUGCCAACAUUCACAGGUCAUUUCAUCCAGCCUCAGGCCACACAGACUUAUCCAGUUUGAAGCUCUGUGUUUAAGAAGAGAAAGCAGGGGAAAAAAGAAAAGAAAAAAAAAAGGGAACGUUCUAGAUAGAGCCAUGCUCAGUAGUGAGAGAGAGAGUAAAUGACAGUUGAAUGUGAGCACUCCCCCGAGGGGGAGGAAGCUAGGUUUCUCCCUGAAGGGGUCCUGUGCAAGACCUCUAAUUCCCAUUCUCACUUGGACUAGUUGCUCUCCCAGCCUGGGGCACAGGCCUAAAUCACAUCCAUCAAUUACCUUGGUGGUGCUGGUGCUUCUUGGAUUCCCUGUUCCCUGCUCAUUUACAUUUCAUCCAUUCCCAAGCAAAGUGAGAAAAAAGUUCUCAGUGUGGUGAACUUUCUGAGCCUUUGCAUUUCCAAUUAAUGCCUUUAUUUUGUGACCACUUUCAAUAAAUAGCUUAACUGAGUAGGAUUCUGGAUACAACAUCAUGUUCUCUUAGAACUUGGAAGAUCUAUCUUCUUCAGGAAUGCCACGUUGCCAGUGAAAAAUGCAAUGCCAAUUCCAUUCACAUUCUGUGGAUGGACACCUGGCUGUCUCCAUGGAAAAUUGUAGGAACUCUUCAUCCCUGGGGUUCAGAAAUGGCACCAGGGACCAGGGACCUGGAGCAUUUCCAUCAACACUCAGCAUUGAGAAGCCUGGAUAAAUUAAUAUUCAAUGUCAACAUUAUACCAAGCUUAUUUACUUUCCUAUACCUGUGGUUCAAUCCUUUCAACAUUGUGUCACUGAACUUAUUUUUUUGUUCUCUGUCAAUGCCUACCCUCUCUUUUAUCACAAUUAUGAAGACAGCUGUUAGGGACACAUGUCCACAUGUCUCCUGCACAUAUUUGCAGAGUGACUCUUAGGUAGACUGUUAGGAAUGGAAAUACUGAGUCCUGAGGCACAUGAAUAUUCAAUUUUAGGAUUCAGCUAUACUGUUUCUUCGAAAAGAUUGUAUUGCUUUACAUUCCCAGCAGCCAUGUUUCAGAGAUUCUAUCAACUUACAUUGUCACCGAUUCCUGAAUUUGUCCACCUUUUCAACUUUUGCAAUUAAACUAAUUAACGAUGACAUCUCA